AUGCAUCAAUUGGCACGAGGUACAAGGCUAGGUCUUGUGCAACAACCGCACGUUUGCACGACCUGCUUUGUGGCCUUUGGCAGACUUGUGCCGACUGCAAGAGGUACAUUGCGUAAUAAGCCGCAGCAACCGUCCCAUCGAUACAUACAGCAUGCCGCAGACCCGACCGCGGCUGGCACUACAGCCGGAACAAACCCAGAAACACCUUCGGCUGAUCCCGGCACCAAUACAAAAGUCGCACCGCCACCGGCGCGGAAAUCUGCAAAACCAGCCACUCACGGGUCCAAUGGGGCGAGCACUGGCAGCACUUCAGGUGGCCGUAAGGUUAUGAAGCCAGCGAAGGCUGCUGCCAAGGCUGCGCACCAGGCAAAAGCAGGACUCAACGGCGCCACUUCCCAUCAGGGAAGCCAGACGCAGCUCAAGCUAUGGCGUGAAACGCUCGAUGUGCUCAAGAAGCUAGAAUCGGCCCAGGGCCGGCUGGCGGAGCAGGCAGCUAUCGCAACAGGUGUGGCCACAAAAGAGCUGGCAAAUACGGCAUCAUCGGCAAAGGGCGACGCUAGCUCCGCUUUGGCGACUACCGGCAAGGUUUCCAAGAAGAAAAAGACGUCCUCGGCACACACUCCGGAAGAAAGGGAGGCAGCAGUCAAAGCUGCAAAAGACACACAAGACCAAAUCAGAAUGCUGACGAGCGCGCUGCAUCUGCUUAAGACGGUGCUUAGUACCCAAGGGCCACAACAGCAGGAAGAGAAAGAGCAAGAACAGUCUCAGCAAACCACGGCUGCAACCAAAGGUGACCAAUCUGGGGGAAAGCUCGGCAAGCACGCGAGGAAGAAGGCUCAGAAAAUGAAAACUGGGCAGGACAAUUCGCCGUUAGGAACACAGCAUGUAACGGCUGCCGGAGCGGCUGUCAUUGAACCCGAAAUUUCUCCCGGGGCAGUCUCCACCACCUCAUCCACCGCAUCGCAACAUCUUUUAUCCAAAAAGGCGUCUUCUCCAAAAAAGAAGGCCGUCGCUGCAUCUUCAAGAUCGUUCCUCGAACCUCCUCCUGUACACAGGCUACCUUACCGCGUCAGCAGUGUUGACUCACGGGACCUUGCACUGACUCCCGUCGAAGAAAACAAACGGCCGGUACCAAAACUGCACUACGGCCUCGACCGAGCUCUUUUCAACCCAGGCGUGUACCAUCUGCAAGACCCGCGGUCGCGUGUCUUCAAUUUCGACCCGUACCUAGCGAGCAUCAUGCCCCUGCAAGAGUUUGACUUCAACGCGCUAAAACAGUAUGUCACGUCUUCCAAAGACCCGACCUUGAUCUCGAUGGCAGCCAAGUACAAUAUGAAGUACUCGGGAUCGACGUCAAGCAUGACAAGCAUGCUAUCGCACUUCCAUUUCCUUCUGAGCGGCUGGCGGCCAAUCAACACCGCACACACCACACGCUCAUUUACGCCUGAAUCUAUGAGCUUCACGCGUAUCACACGCGGGCCUGCUGCGACGUUUCUGCACUGGAAGGACGGCACAUACGCCAUCGACGCGGAUAAGGAAUUCGACACGGCCAACAUCUUGAGCAUGUUGGGUAAAUCGAUGGAAAAGCUGCUGACGUUAUCCAAGGAGGACUUUGAAAAGUAUCGGGUUACCCGGUCGCACGAGCUGACAGAGGAAGAGCGGAACGACCCGGAAUCUUUCCAUUACUCGACGUUUGGUGACUUUAUGAUGCGGUCACAGCUUGACGCGUACGACCCGCGACUGCCCGGGACCGGCAUGUUCGACCUCAAAACGCGUGCCGUAGUGUCUAUCCGCAUGGACGCACAAGACUUCCAACGCGGGCUAGGCUAUGAGAUCCGGCAACGGUUUGGUCAAUGGGAGUCGUUCGAGCGCGAGUAUUUCGACAUGAUCCGGUCGGCUUUCCUCAAGUACUCGCUGCAAGUGCGGAUGGGUCGUAUGGACGGCAUUUACGUUGCCUUCCACAACACACAGCGCAUCUUCGGGUUCCAGUAUAUCAGCAUCAAUGAAAUGGAUGUAGCUCUGCACGGCACCGACGACACGACACUCGGAGACCGCGAGUUCAAGCUAAGUUUGCACCUGCUGAAUGCGGUGUUGGACAAGGCCACAGAUCGAUUCCCGGGUCGGUCGUUGCGGUUGCAUAUUGAGACACGCCCGUCGGAGGCCGCGCCAUUCAUGUACAUAUUUGCGACACCUGUCACAUCCAAAGAGAUUGGGGAGGUACAGGAUGCCGGCAAGGAGUCGGUUGAAGAGUUUGAGCGCAGAAUCUUGGGUAUUACAGCGCAGGAGAGCGGCGAAAAUGACGAAGGCGGCAGCCUUACAGAGUCGGCCACCGACGAUGGCGAGAUGGAGACCGAGACCGCGGCCAAAGAACACGAGGUAGACGAGGAGCCCGACCACGAUGAAGACGCCUACAGUGUUGAUGUGUGGGAAACGAUGCGCCAGAAGGUUGAGGAGACGAUGGAGAAUGAGGCACAAGGCAUCGAGUCUGUGCGCGACACCCUCGAAGAUGCUCUCGAGCAGAGCGGCCUGCUGCGGGGCCGGCCGCCUGAGGAGACGCGCACAUACGUGGAUGCGCUGCUCGAGGCGAUCACGCGGACAGAUACAGAGGCGGUGGCAGAGACGAUUCUCAAGGGCCAAGAGCCCGAGACUGGUCUCGAAUCAACACUCGAGGUGGAAACACCAGAAGAGGAGCAAAUUGAUGCCGAAACCGAGGCCGAGGUCGAAGGCGCACCCGACCAUGAGACAGUUCCGAAGACGAACAGGUCAAGUGCGGAAGCGGAGAUAACCGAGCCCGAAACAAGCAGUGAGUCUGAUUUUACGGAGGUUGGUAACACAACUUCCGCGACCACCGACAAGGCUUCGACAUUAUCAUACGACUGGAGCAAGUCUGUUAUCGACGAGGGCGGUGGCCGCAAAUGCGAGACUUCUGGCAGCGGCGUAGAUGAAGCCCCUCCUGCCUCGCCAGUCUCGGGCACACUAUCUCUCAAGGACCUUAUUAUCAAACUUGCCGCAAAGGUUGAGACAUCACAGGCCCGUGACUCUGUAGGCAGCAUCGACUACAACAGUAACCGUAUGAAUGGCGAAACCCAGCAGGUUACUAAGGACGGCGACGACGACAGCAUUACAACGAAAGAGUCGCCUCUAUCCUUCCGGUACAGCAACAGCGUUGCCGAGCUCGUCGACGCGCCCAAGAACAAGCGGUUCGAGCGCAUUCUAUCGGAGAUGUUGGCGAGCUCCAAGGAGAGCAAGGAGGGCAGCGAGGGCAAGGAGGGCAAAGAUGGUAAGGAAGGCAAUGAAGGCAAGGAGGGCAAGGAGGACAGGGAAGGCAAAAAUGAAAACGAAGGCAAGGAGAGAAACGGAGGCAAGGUUUCUUCGAAGGGAAACGCGCCUGCACCGGAGCCACCGGAGAUCAUUGGCAUGAUUAUGACGAUCCGCAACAAGGUCAACGGACGUUACGUGGUGCGGCCGGACAAGCUCACUAACGCCGAUUCGUGGAAGGUGGAAUACGCCAUUGAGGAGAUUCAGACGAAGCGCGCCCGUACUCUGUAUAACAUGCUUAAGGCACGCCGCAAGGCGUUGCUGAGCAAGGACAGGAACGGAAAGGACAGCAAGGAUGGUGAGGACAAGACGGAUGGCGAGGUCCCGAAGGCAGACGGCAUCGGCGACAUGAAGAAGACGAGUACUAAGUCGGCAUUCAACCGUGACUUCAUGAGCAAGCUAUAUGCUCUGAGUGCCAAGGGCCGCCGGUUCCGGAGCAACGAAAAUCGCAUCAUGCGCAAGCGACCGGUGCAUAUCUAUGGUGUUGAUGGUAGCAGGAAGUGGGGUGAGGUGUUUGCCAAUGAGAUGGACGACGUUGGCACGCUGCAGCGAGAUCCGGUGGAGGGAGGCAAAAAAAGGAAACCGCAUAACUAUCCUGUAUGUAUUAGGCGAGGCUUAUCUCCAGACACAUUUUACAUUGUCCACUCUUUAUGA